AUGCUUCCUUUGAAUUCGACAAUAUUAGUAAAAGCUAGUGAAUGGGAAAAGUGUCUGGAGCAAAUCAAUGUCUUAUGCUCAACAAAAUGGAAUAAAAAGCAUAAAUAUUCUGGAAAAGGUUUAGUUUUUGGAGAGACUAAAAAAUGCCACCGUGCUGGCCAAUAUAUAACAAACCGCCAAUUACGUUUUGCCCAGAAAGAUAUGAAGGCAUGCUCUUGUACAGCUGCCUUAAAAAUCAUACAGCAUCUCGACAACCCCAAUGUUGUUGCAUUUUGCCAAACAAGGGCACAUGUAAACCAUGUUCCUAGAGACUGGGACGAAGUCAGAACUCUUUCUUUGCCUUCUGAAGUCAUAAAGAUUAUUGAAGAUCAGUUGAAAAGUGGCAGCAGCUGUAGAAUUACAAGAAUUUCAGUUCUUAGACAGAUUGAUAGUUGGGGAGUUGGCGUUAGAAAGCCUAAUUAUGAAGAAAUUUACAACAGAAUGAGAAAGAUGACUACUUUGUUAUAUAUGUUUGCUUCUGAUGAAAAUGCAUCUAUUUCCAUCUGGUUAAAU